AUGUCCCAACCUUCCGAGGAGCGUGUCCGACACGCUCUGUCCCAACUGCUCACGAGGAUUAUACCCGUUUAUCCGGAUGAGGAUGAAGCCGUGGCGGAUGAACGGCUCGAAGAAGCCUUAGAAUGGGCUGGUGAGACCAUAGCACGGAGUUCCGAUGGUUCGCUUCCACCGGAUGUGAACCAUGCGGCCGACCUCAUAAAGAAGAAGUUGAUCCGCGAAAACAACACUCCCGAGAAAGCCCUCCGCUUCGCGAACCUUUACUCAAGACUUCUGACCCAGCGAGUCUUGAACCAAAAAUGGGCAAUGCUGUACUUCCUCUUCAAACUCGGGAACGAUCCCCAACCUCCUGCCCACCUGCGACCCGCGAACACCCUCCACGAGUCAGAACGUUCCCCCUCCCCCGUACAGUCAAGCAGCCCAGAAUCACCGAACACGCCUCCUGGACGGCAACGUUCUGAACGACAGCAUCCUGGACGACAGCCUCUUGAACGGCAGCCCCUUGAACGACCCCCUGAACGGCAGCUUCCUGAACGUCAAGCCCCCGAACGACAGCCUCCUGAACGACAGCCUUCGGACGAGCAAUCAGAUCCUCAAGAUGGACGCGCAGUCACACGUUUAGAUCGAGAUCCGAUUGAGCCUUCUGAAUGCGUACUUCUGCGAGACCUACCAUUCACACUCCAAGGACUCUCGUCAACAAAUCUGCAGUUCGCAACCGCACCCAAUUCCGUCCUUAAGCUUCCCCGGACUCUUCCAGUUCCAAUCAUCGCCCUUCUGCAUACGCUUGCCGAGCCUUCAUUGCUGUAUCGGACCCUAUCUGCCUUCAUUGAAUCCGCUGAAGGGGGUUUGGUGGGCCAGAGCUUCCGUUCCGCGCUUAGCAUUGAGCUACGCUCGUAUCUUAGCCUCGUAGCGGCCCUAGAAGGGCAGAUCAAAAGGGCUUUGAAGACUUUGGAAGGCUCUGUCUCUCAGGAUGCAAUUGGCAAAGCCGGUGUGUCUCUUAAAAGAUGCGUUGUUUGGACUCGAGAAGCGACGAUGGGUCUUCGUUUAAUGAGCGUCAUGGUGGAGAAAUCUCGAGGUAAAAAGGGCGGGGAGCUUAUUUCUCUUGUCCACUCAUACUCACUCUCACACGGCGAUCCAUUCGUCAGUAGCUUUGCUGAGCGUAUGCUUGGCCAUAUCACCAAACCGUUCUACAACAUGCUAAAGCUGUGGAUAUACGACGGCGAGCUCAAUGAUCCAUACCUGGAGUUCUUCGUCUCCGAGCAAAGCGGCGUCGAAUUCAACGACUCCACUGCAGACCGAAAACCUGGUGCUACCUCUGUCUGGGAAGAAAAAUACAUUGUCAACGAGCGGAUGGUCCCAAGCAUUGUGAGCAAUGACUUCGCGAACAAGGUUUUCCUCAUUGGAAAGUCUCUCAAUUUCAUCCGUUAUGGCUGUCUCGAUUCUUCCUGGGUCGAGACAUAUUCUAAGACAUCCUCCCGCGACCUCGGCUACGGCGAUACUGCAAAUCUGGAGGCCUCCAUUGGCGAGGCGUACAAGACAACUAUGGCCAGACUGACUCAUUUAAUGAUCACCAAGUUCCAUCUUCUCACGCACCUCCAAGCAUUGAAAAAGUACAUUCUCCUUGGGGCAGGAGAUUUCAUCGCAAUAUUAAUGGAAAGCCUGGCACCAAACCUCGAUCGGCCUGCAAACUCCCAAUAUCGACAUACCCUCACCGCUCAACUUGAACACGCCGUUCGAAGUAGCAAUGCGCAGUACGAGCCUGCCGAUGUGUUGCGCCGCCUGGAUUCGCGCAUGUUGGAGCUAAGCCAUGGGGAGAUCGGCUGGGACGUCUUCACUCUCGAGUAUAAGAUCGACUCCCCUGUGGAUGUGAUUGUUACCCCGUUUGGCGCGAAACAAUACCUUAAAGUCUUCAAUUUCCUCUGGAGGGUCAAACGAGUCGAAUUUGCCUUAGGGUCCACUUGGCAUCGAUGCAUGACCGGUGCUCGAGGGGUGCUUGGGGCUGUGUCCGACAAGCUCGGAGGGGAUUGGAAACGGGUCCGAUGCACGGUUGCGGAAAUGAUUCAUUUCGUGAACCAGCUCCAGUACUAUAUCCUGUUCGAGGUGAUCGAAUCGAGCUGGAACGAGCUACAAUCCGCCCUGAGCAAGCCAGAAAGCACCCUUGACGACUUGAUCGAGGCACAUGCGAAAUAUCUCACCGCCAUUACUCGGAAAGGUCUGCUUGGAAGCUCUGGCGCAUCCACCGACUUCACGGCACAACUGCACGAACUCUUUAAAAUCAUGCUCGCAUAUAAAGAUGCAAUGGAUGGAUUAUACUCGUUCAGCGUUGCCGAGUUCACACGACGACAAGAACGAAACAGCCGGAUCGAAACCCGCACCGCAUCCGGUAAAUGGGGCCUAUCCGAAAAAGACACCCAGGACGACACGUCCGCCGGUUCCAAACGCCGCGCCCACCGAGCCGAGCGCUCCACCGACUCCCCCAUCCCCACCCUCCUCGGCCUGAACGGUCUCGGCAGCACGAGCGAGGACGACCUCCUCCCGGCCCUCCGAUCCCGACUCUCGAGCCUGGCGGGCGACUUCCGCGUGCGCGUGAACGUCUUGCUGGGCGAUCUCCUGCACCAGCCGGACGCGGACAUGCGGUGGUUGGCGAUGGUGAUGAAUUUCAAUGAUGUGUAUCAGCCGGUGCGGAGGAGGAAGAGGAAUGUGGAGCGGGGGAAAGAGAGGGAGGGGAGGGGUGCGGGGAGGGAGCGCGAACGGGUUCACGUUGAGACACCGGCGGUUGGCGGUGCGACUUGA